CCUUUGCUCGCCUCACCGCCCUUCGACCCUUCGUGAGUGGUAUAGAGUGAGUUUAUUUUCUUUGUCGAGUUUUGUUUGCGCUUUGUUGAGUAGAGUUUGCUCCCAAACAUGGCUGAUAUAAAGUCGCUUUACGAUAUCACAGUGAAGACGCUGACAGGAGAGGAGUUGAAGUUGGCGUCUUUACAGGGUAAGGUGGUCCUCAUCGAGAACGUGGCGUCUCUCUGAGGCACAACCAUCAGGGAUUACACCCAGAUGAACGAGCUCCAUGAGCGCUUCUCCGCCAAGGGACUCGUGGUUCUGGGGGUGCCCUGCAACCAGUUCGGCCAUCAGGAAAACUGUAAAAACGAAGAGAUCCUGAUGUCGCUGAAAUACGUCCGUCCCGGAAAUGGUUUCGAGCCAAAAUUCCAGCUCAUGGAGAAGGUCGACGUGAAUGGGAAAGACGCUCACCCGCUGUUUGUCUUUCUCAAAGAGAAGCUUCCGUUCCCCAGCGAUGAGCCGACGGCGUUAAUGGGCGACCCCAAAUGCAUCAUCUGGAGUCCCGUGUGCAGAAACGACAUCUCCUGGAACUUUGAGAAGUUCCUUAUCGGCCCAGAUGGUGUCCCAUUCAAGCGUUACAGCAGAAGAUACCUGACCUCUGACAUUGAGGGAGACAUAAAGAAGCUUCUGGGCAUUGCCAAAUAAAGCGUUUGUAGUAGUAUGGUCUUUCAUAGCUGGUUGUGCUCUCUUGUGCACGAUGCUGCUGUGUUGGGACUCUUACUUGAUGAAGAUGCUCUUUUAAACAUUGUGAAGGGCUAUCUGAUGUUCUGUAAACAUCCCAACUCCACAGUUGCAUAGAGCUUCAUGUAUGGCACAACAAGCCCUUUUGUGGAUCAAUAAAUAUUAUUUUUAAUCCUU